GUGGAUUACCUAUAAAUCAAAGGUCUCCGUCCUCCAUUGGUCUCACUUUUUUUGCAGGAGAAAGUACAAAGAAGAAGAUCAAGAAGUUUAUAAUUAAGGAUUUCCACCAUGGCCUCAGACCAGCUUAAGGUCCUGGACGUGCUGGACAAAGCCAAGACUCAGCUUUACCACUUCACUGCAGUGGUGAUCGCCGGCAUGGGGUUCUUCACCGAUUCCUACGAUCUUUUCUCUAUUUCCCUCGUCACGAAGCUUCUCGGUCGCAUAUAUUAUCACGUCGAGGGAUCGUCCAAGCCCGGUAGUCUGCCGCCUAACGUAGCCGCAGCGGUUAAUGGAGUCGCUUUCUGCGGAACACUAACGGGACAGCUUUUCUUUGGGUGGCUCGGCGACAAGUUGGGUCGGAAGCGCGUCUAUGGCAUCACUCUCAUGCUUAUGGUUUUCUGCUCCAUCGGUUCCGGGCUUUCCUUUGGGAGCACACCAAACUCGGUUAUGGCGACUCUGUGUUUUUUCAGGUUCUGGCUAGGGUUUGGCAUUGGCGGAGAUUACCCACUGUCUGCAACUAUCAUGGCGGAGUAUGCUAACAAGAAAACUCGGGGGGCUUUUAUUGCUGCAGUUUUCGCCAUGCAAGGGUUUGGCAUUCUGUGUGGCGGCGCUGUGGCUAUAGUUGUCUCCUCCAUCUUUCAGGCUCUCUUCCCUGCCAGGGCUUACUCCGAGGAUCCAACUGGAUCCACCGUCCCUCAGGCAGACUGUGUAUGGCGGAUCAUUCUCAUGUUCGGUGCAGUUCCUGCUGCAAUGACUUAUUAUUGGCGCAUGAAAAUGCCGGAAACCCCUCGAUACACUGCCUUAGUUGCCAAGAAUCAACAGAAAGCUCGCGAAGACAUGUCAAAGGUUUUGAAAAUCGAUAUUGAAUCAGGGAAGGAGGCCGUGGUCAAAGAGGAGGUCAAAGUGGUUGAAAAAAGAAACUCUUUCGGGUUGUUCUCUUCAGAAUUUCUCUCUCGGCAUGGGCUGCACUUGUUGGGGACGACAACAACGUGGUUCUUGCUAGACAUUGCUUAUUAUAGCCAGAAUCUUUUCCAGAAAGACAUCUUUAGUGCAGUUGGUUGGAUCCCUAAGCCAAAAACCAUGAGCGCCCUUGAGGAGCUCUACAAGAUUGCAAGGGCUCAAACCCUGAUUGCUCUGUGUGGCACAGUUCCGGGGUACUGGGCAACGGUCCUCCUCAUCGACUAUAUUGGAAGGUUUUCCAUUCAGAUAAUAGGGUUUUUCUUCAUGUCAGUUUUCAUGUUUGCUCUCGCAAUUCCUUACCACCACUGGACAGAAAAAUCCAACCACAUAGGCUUCGUUGUCAUGUAUGCCCUAACCUUCUUCUUCGCCAAUUUCGGGCCAAAUAGCACUACAUUCAUUGUGCCGGCGGAGAUUUUCCCGGCAAGGCUUCGGUCAACAUGCCAUGGUAUUUCGGCAGCUGCAGGGAAAGCAGGUGCAAUAGUGGGAUCUUUUGGGUUCUUGUAUGCGUCACAAAACCAGGACCAGUCAAAGGCUGAUCCGGGAUACCCAGCUGGAAUUGGAAUGAGAAAUUCUCUCCUUGUGCUCGCAGUGGUCAAUGUGGUCGGGUUCUUCUUCACAUUUUUGGUGCCGGAGUCCAAGGGCAAAUCUCUAGAGGAAAUCUCGAGAGAGGAUGAAGGAGAUGAUCAAGAGCAAUCAAACAGGAACGUGGUUGAAACGGCUUAAUUAAUUAGUCUUACUGUAGAGUCGCUUUUUUCCUUUUGCUUAUCUCUAGUACUACAAUAAUUUGGUUUGAUUUUCUGCCCUCUCAUGUUUAUCUGUCUGUAACUUCGAGUACUCGAUUUUUGUUAGUUCAUUUUUGUUUCUAGCUA